AUGGCAUCGGGAAGCGUCUUGGAACGCGCUCCGAGCGACUUGGUCGCGAGUCCCACAUCCGUCGUCGACGUGGAACCAGCCGACCACCUCGCCAAACUCGUAGCGAUGCUCGCCAGCGACGACUUUGUAGAGUACAUUGCCGAGGAGACGACCGAGACCGCAUUGACGGAAGCGCAAAAGCAGAGGCUCCGCCGCUUGGCAAAUCACCUUGCGCCGUCUGCCGACCGCAGGGUUGGCGGCGGAGCUGGUCGCAACCGCGGAUCCAGCAACGGGGCCAGGAACAAGCGGCAGAAGAGCGCUCAGGAGGCAGAGGGCGCGGGGGAGGCCGACAAGAAUCCCUGGAAGCGAAUCAUGGACAUGACUUCCUUCCCAAUCGAGAAGAGCCUGCAGCAAAAGGCUGAAGAAUUCAAGCAAAACCCAGGGACGGUGAUGAAAUUCUUCACGCCCAAGGAGGGCAACGAGUACCCCAAAGACGUCUGGGCCAACGAAAACGUUCUCGUCACCGAUGCCUUUGUGACAUCCCUGCAAUUCACUCAGCGAUUGAUCGGAGACAUGGAAGAGAACCACACGUUCUGGCUCUUCCAAAUGCUGCUGUGGCACCGAUUCAGAGAACUCUUUGCCCCCGGAAAAGGCAGCGGUGCCACGUUUUCGAUGGGAGCGAAGCAGGAAGCCCAGUUGCGAGGCAUCACCCAAUCGAUCAGCGAGCAAUGCGACCAUUACAUCAGCUUCGACGUGCAGCAAACGACGGAAAACAUCAGGGACUGGGCCAAGCUAGGCAUGAAGCUUGACAUCCUGGUGAGCCAGUUUGGGCCGGGGUGCUUCUUCGUGCUGGGAAAGCAUCUCACCGAGAACUUUCUCAGGAAGAGGAUCACGCAAUCUGGACUGACCCACGACCUUGCCAUCAGUCACUUGAAGAGCUUGCAUCUUGAGGAAUUGCUAAAAGAAGCGGGACUGGACACCUAUGGUCAUGCCAUUAUCGACUACCUCGUCCGUCCUUUUCAGAAGUUCAAAGAAGACCAAGCCAUGGCGAGUAACGUGGAAGCUGACUAG